CUCCCUCCCUCAUUCUAUACAUCACUGACUGACACCACUCACUCACUCACCCCAUGUACCCACACCCAGGUAGCCAACGCACAUCAUCAUACUAAGUCAGUCCUCCCCCCAGCUCUCGCCAGCUGGACGCACAGUUGUCCCUCCUCCAUCCCUCAAUGGACAGACAGACAGACAGACAGACAGCAUUCAUUUUAUGGUGACCAUGGCACUGUGGUGCGAGAGGUAGGCGUUUGGGAUACUGGCAAGGCAUGUGUCCUGCAGCUGUUGAGGGGAGAGGGAUGACGUGGGGUGGGUCCGCCGGUAGAUGGGGAUGACCUGCUCGCACAGACCCCUCCAUGGCAGGGAAUGAUUUGGCGCCUUCUUGAGCACGCUCUGGAUGGUCUCCCUCCAACCCCUCCACCCACCAGCAUCCUGAACCAACGCACCACCCACACGGAGGAGCCAUGAUGGGUAGGCGAGCAAGCUAUGAUUCUCCCUCCCUCCCUCUCUCCCUGUGCACCCACCUCUGUCUUUGCGGCCUUCUUCACAGGCGAACCAUCUCUGCCCACUGGAUGGACCUGGCGCCCACAUGGACGUACACAGAAGAGCCAAUCCAUAGGCACACGCACAGAAUCAUUCAGUGCCUGCCUGCAUCAGUGACCCGCCGUACCCCGUUCUGCAAGGGCCGCUUCACCACGCCGUUCGGCUGUGAUGGCGGAUGCUUGCUUGGCGUCGGUGCGGCUGUAGUGGUCGCUGUCUGUGGCUUGCCAUGUUGCUUCUUGCUCUUGGCAUACUGGCCAUGGUACUUGUCCUCCUCUGUCCAGUCCACCCAACACAUCACAUCCAGACACACGGCAGAUCUCUCUGUGUGUCCGCCUGUUCGUUGCUUUCCUUCGUGGCCACCCACCUGUGACGCACGAGUUGUGAUUCAUGUACUCGUAUCCGGCGAAUUCCUUCUUGCAGUCGAUGCACGUGAACACCCUGACAAACACCAACACACACAACCACACCACAGGAGUGCACACACGCUCCCGGCCUGUGUGUUUGUGUCCAUCUUCUGUCCUCACCAUGCGUUUGGGCAUUUGGUCUGGCAGUGUGAGUCGAUCUUUGGCUUCUUGACGACGUCGUGGCAGACGUCACAGAUGAACGACGGCAUCUGUUCAGAGAGCCAGCAGCGAACUCGCC